AUGAUAGGGUGCCAGAUUGGGAAAAAGUGCUUGAGAACACCUGUUCCCAAGAACUACCAACACAUUCUGGCUUUGGCAUUUGCCAUUCAGGAGGUCAACAGAGACCCAUAUCUCCUCCCCAACAUCACUCUGGGCUUCCGCAUCUACGAAGAGAAUCAAUAUGCAAGCAUGUCUCCAGAUGUCAGCCUGUCUCUCCUCUCCAGCCGGGGAAAAGUGUUUCCUAACUAUAAGUGUGACACACUGAACCUUCUCUCUGUCCUUGGGGGUCUCAACUCCAGAACCUCAUACCAGAUGGCAACCAUAUUUGGCAAUUUCAAGAUUUCUCAGCUAGGAUACCGCUUCUCUGACCCUGUUCUGAGGGAUAAGACCCAGUUCCCCACCUUCUACCAGAUCGAUCCCCAGUAUGACCUACAGAAUGCAGCCAUUGUCCAGCUCCUUCUCUAUUUCCAGUGGAACUGGAUUGGGAUUGUUGUUCAGAAGUCAGAGAGCAGUGACCAUUUCAUCUGGAUUUUUGAUGCCACACUUGCCCUGAAUGACAUUUGCAUACAAUUUGUAAAACAGAUCUUGCCCCGAAUCUCAAUAUUCAAUGAAUUGAACAGCGAACAAAUAGAUCUGCUUUGGACAAUUUUGAGCAAUGAUGCUCAGGUUGUGAUUGUGGCGGGGGAUUCAAAUACUCUGCAGAGCCUUAUAUUAUCUCUUUACUUUUAUGAAGAAGCGAAGCACACCGCUUUUGGGAAGGUCUGGAUCCUGACCACCCAAUGGGAAUUUUCAGCUAUUGGCUAUCACUACGAGUGGGGAAAACUAAAAUCCCUCCAUGGUGCUUUGUCUUUGACGGUCCACACAAAACCGGUGCCAGGAUUCAAAGAUUAUCUCUGGGCUCUGAAUCCACAUGAACCCCACGGAGACGUCUUUCUCCCUGAAUGGUGGGAAGUUGUAUUUGACUGUCAGGUUUUGAAGGCAGGUCUGGCCUCACCUGAUGGCCGAAGGGUUUGCACAGGGGAGGAGAACCUGGACACCCUCCCAGCCUCCGUCUUUGAUGGAAAGAUGACCGGUUUCAGCUACAGCAUCUACAAUGCUGCCUAUUCUGUGGCACAUGCAUUACACGCUGCGUAUAUGGUGGAAUCACAACUGGCAUUGAAGAGGGGCAGAAAGAAGCCACACCUUCACCUCUCUAUGAAGUCCUGGCAGAUGCAUGUCUUCUUGAGAAAGGUCCUUUUCAAUAACACCGCUGGGGACGAAGUCUCCUUUUCAGAAACUGGGAUGAAAUACGCAGGAUUUGAUAUCCUCAACUGGGUCGUCUUUGCAAAUAUGACGAUCCUUCGAGAGAAAGUCGGAUGGGCCAAUCCGGAGGCUCCUUCAGCUGAAGGUUUCAGCAUCAACCCUGACGCCAUUGUAUGGGCCAAUCAGCUGAUGCCUGUUCUUCCAGAUGCGGCUCAGUGCACCCCCUGCCCAGAAGACCAACAGCCAAACAAGAACCACGUCCUGUGCAUUCCCAAGACCAUGAACUUUCUCUCCUAUGAGGAUACACUUGGCUCCAUUUUAGUUUCCCUAGCUCUUUUCUUCUCUUUGACCACAAUCCUCAUGUUGGCAGCCUUCAUCAAACACUGCAACACACCCAUCGUCAAGGCCAACAACCGCAACAUCACCUACAUCCUCCUGGUCUCCCUCCUGCUCUGCUUCCUCUGCUCCUUCCUCUUCAUCGGGCAGCCAAGGAACCUCACCUGUCUCCUCCGACAAAUCGCUUUCGGCAUCAUCUUCUCCACUGCCAUUUCAUCUGUCUUGGCAAAAACUCUGACUGUAGUUCUGGCCUUCAUGGCUACUAAGCCAGGAAACAGGGCAAGAAAACUCUUGGGGAAGCAAAUGAUCUUAGUCCUGGCCUGUCCCCUCGUGCAAACAGCUCUUUGUGCCUCCUGGCUGGCAAUCUCCCCCCCAUUUACUAAUUUGGACUUUCAUUCUGUGAAGGGAGAAAUUGUGCUGGAAUGCAAUGAAGGUUCAACCGCCAUGUUUUAUGCUGUUCUGAGCUACAUGGGUUUCCUGAGUCUCAUCAGCUUCAUAGUGGCUUUUCUGGCCAGGAAACUACCAGACAGUUUUAAUGAAGCCAAGUUCAUUACUUUCAGCAUGCUGGUCUUUUGCAGUGUCUGGGUCUCCUUUCUCCCCAGCUAUCUGAGCACCAAAGGGAAGUCCAUGGUGGCCGUGGAGAUCUUCUCCAUCUUGGCCUCUGCAGCUGGUCUGCUGAGUUGUAUCUUUCUCCCCAAAUGCUACGUUAUAGUGCUGAGGCCAGAUCUGAACAAUAGAAGUCACCUCAUGGGGAAAAUUAAGUAG